AUGAGCCCUCCUUGGCUUGAGGUAGCUCUGGUGUCUGUUUCCGAAGUGGAGUCUGCUGAGCUCGUGUCAGUGAAUUUCGACUAUACCCACCAUCAGGUAUACCAUUGGAUUAGUGGAGAAAGACGUAGACUACCAUUCCAACGUAACAGACAACGAACACGCAAGCCUCAAUUCUUAUCCAUUGACACGAGCUCAGCAGACUCCACUUCGGAAACAGACACCAGAGCUACCUCAAGCCAAGGAGGGCUCAUCAGAGAUACACAACAAACCCAAUCAUCAACUUUUUUAGGGCCGGAACGACACACAAACGAUCCCCCUGGCAAAUAUCAACGCACAAGGAGAGGUUCAAAAGACGCAGAUUUAUCAGAAGAGGACAGAGGAACAAGAUCUAUAAAUACCAGAUCCAAACCACCAACCAGAAGGACAUAA